CAUAUGUUCAUCGCAGCAUUAUUUACAAUAGCUAAGGUGGCUCUUGUCUCUGCUGAUCCUGGAAAAGUGAUUUGUGAACUGAAAGUAGAAGAGGAGCAUACCAAUAAGGGCGGCACUCUCCAUGGAGGGUUGACAGCCACCUUAGUGGAUAACGUAUCAACAAUGGCUCUGCUCUGCACAGAAAGGGGAGCACCUGGUGUCAGUGUCGAUAUGAACAUAACGUACAUGUCACCUGCUAAAAUAGGAGAAGACAUAGUGAUUACAGCACGUGUUCUGAAGCAAGGAAAAACACUUGCAUUUGCCUCUGUGGAUUUGACCAACAAAGCCACGGGAAAAUUGGUAGCACAAGGCAGACACACAAAACACUUGGGAAACUGAGAGGACAGCAGUAUGACUUGAAACCCAACAAGGAAUAUCAAGUGUAAAUUUGACUUGAACAAAUGUAAUUUUCAAAAUAAAUUACAAUAACCAGAAGUAGCUAACAAAUACUGUCUUUGGGGAAAAGGACAUGGAGUCCAAGUGGGAUAUAGGAUGGGGAUAUCAUUUUCAUUUUACGUCUCUUCAGUUUGUUUUUAAUCUUGUGUAUGAUACUCAUAUGAAAAAAUUCUUAGUUCAGUGUUUUGAAAACUUAGGGAAAGCAAAGAAACUAGUCAGGCCAUUUUGAGAUAAGAUUACCUUAAAACUGAACUCUAUUAAACUAAAGGAAAAAUAUAAAUUAAUGGUUAAUCCUUAAUGAAUUUUUAGGUCCUUCUCAGCUCUAAAAUGCCAUCUACAUUUUUUUAAACCCAAUUUCAAGACUAUGAAACUUCAAAAUAGAUUGAGCCAUGUGGCCUGAUGUAGUCAAGAAAGUUGGAGGCAAAGUACAUUAAUGAUAUAGAAAACAGUCCAAUGGGUGUGGUGUUUUUGAUAGUGUUACAGGACUGGCAUAUUUUAUAUUGGGGGGAGGAGCAUACCAUUAGCCCCUUUUCUAGUACCUAGAAUAAAACCAUGAAGAUCUUAAAUCUCAGUCUACAGUAUCAAAAAGACCAAGUUCACAAAUUGUUUCAUCCAUUUCUUAGUUGACUAUAUGGCAUUCUUAAUAUUUGAUUUCUGCAUCAAGCAGUCUUAGUGAACAUGACUAAAAAGUGAUGUGACUUUAAAUAAAUCUGGAAACAGUCAACUAAA